AUGAUUACCAUAACAAACAUGACCAAGUACGAACGCCUCGGAGAACCUCAUGGCGUUUGUGCGAAUGACUACGGCUUCGACCAUCCUUACAAGUAUUCGAGAAAGCUUUGCAAACAGCUGUGUGUCGAGCGUGAGUUUCGAGAGCGGUGCGGGUGUUUCAUCGGACAGAAUCCUCUUUACGAUACGCUGGAGACGGUACCAGAGGACCGAUGCUCAUUUGUUGACCGCAAGCAAGUGCUGUGUAUGGCCAGCGUGACAAAGAGCAUUGAAGAGGAGACCAUCCAGUGUGAUUGUCAGCUUCCCUGCAGCGAAAUGAUGUACGAUACCCAGGUAACAACAAGUAAGCCUAAUGCUGUGUAUUACAACAUCCUUAGUCAAACAAGGAAGCAGUUACAGAGUUUAUGUACAAACGAGAGCCAGAUGGUCAGUCUCCUCGUGUACCUCGACUCCAAGAGUUAUACAGUAACGGAAGAAUCACCUGCCUAUUCUUGGGACACGCUCCUCAGCAACAUCGGGGGAUCCCUGGGCCUCUUCGUCGGUGUCUCCCUGAUCAGCAUCCUCGAAGUGUUUGAGAUGAUCAUCGACGUAAUUUUCGCCGGAUUCAAGAGAUGCACAGGAGGUGGCAAGAAAGUCUCUCAUAAGUCGGCUGAAGCAUGGCAGGGAAAAAUAGAUGUUGUUGAGAUGGAUCGCCAAGAUAAAAAAUAUAAGCAAUUCCGAAAAGAACUUGAGAUAAUGGUAAAAGAUAUUGUACAAGAUCUGAGCCAGAACGAAUCCUCCGGCAUACGAGUUCAGCCCAACAGUGCCAACUCCGGGAACAGGGAAGGCCUGGACGCCAGUCGAAUGUUCAAUAUGCUUUUCCAGAAGCAUCAAUGA